AUGCUCGGCUCGACGACGUUGCUCGUCUUUGGUCUCAUAGCGGCGGCCGACGCCGCCCUGUACGAUUCUCUGUCCGCCGGCGGGAAGAAAGUGUUCGACGAUGCUAUGACCGUUAACGAGAUGUACUACGACCCCGUCGAGGGCUAUGUCUAUGGCAUUGACGUCGCGGGCAUACACGACACACGCGCGAGCGCUAUGUGGGCCGUCGGCCUGCUCGCGAGGAACGGAGGGAAUGGCGACGAUGUGGAGAGGGCCGUGAGGAUCAUUGAGAGCGUGGCGAGCCAGCAAUAUGUGGAUAACGCAACGGCGGCUUGGUACGGGACGUAUCCGCACACCCCGCAGGACCCAUUGCCUGGCACGUCCUUGCUGGGUACCACGCCCUACUCCUCGUACGAUCCUAAUUGGCGCGACUUCAUUGGAUCAGCCUGGCUGCUUGCCUUGGAAGAGAGCGGCAAUUUGCUCUCCAACGACACUGUCACUGCCAUUGAGCAGUCGCUCUACCAUGUAGGCAAGGGCCAACUAUUACGGUAUCAGGGUCGCGGAGAGUACGCAAACUCGGUGGAUGUCGAUACCAGCGUGGAUAACCUGGACGCGGCGUAUACAAACCCGUGGCUCAUGGGCACCAUCGUGAUGAGCUAUAUCGGAAACAAGAUGAACGAUACCGAGCUUAUCAACAAAGCGAACGAUGACGCUCAAGCAAUCUACGAUCUUUUCACGUUCAACGACUUCAACACGUUCUCGGAGUACAACUGCCCUACCUAUACUGGCGUGGAUAUCUUCGCGCUGGCUCUUUGGAUCCGCUAUGGCCCGGAGGGGACAAAGUUGCAGGAGUACGGGACGUACAUGUUGAACCACACUAUUGCGGACCUCGCGGACUUCUAUCAUGCCGACCUGCGCAACCUUGCAGGUCCUUGGGAUAGGACGUAUGGCUUCGACAUGACGCGCUACCACUCCAUCCUCGGUCAACUGAUCUCCUCCCUCCUUCCCGCCGAAAAGAUCGCGGUUCCCUCACCGAUCCUCACCGGCUUGCACAUGAACGACGCAGUCUGCUUCGGCACUAUCAUGCCGCUCAUCGCCGACACCAUCCAUAGCGUCGUCGGCCAGGACGUCAUCGACCGCUUCGCGAGCUUCGACUCGUCUGUCGAGCGCGAUGUCGUGUAUAGGCAGGUCAGGACGAACACGGAGGACGAGACUGCUAUCAGGAAUGUCUCUGUCUGGCUUGGGCCGAACGUGACUAUUGGUGGACAGUCGUCGGACGAGCCUUCGCCGCGUCAAAGCUCGUACGUACCAGGCGUAAUCCAAUGGCUCCUCCCAUCCACCCUCUACCCCAACGCGAGAAUCUCGUCCUCAACUCCUCCCAAGGUCGGCUACAUCGCCAUCAGCCCCCCGCCCUCUGGCACCAUCAACGCCACGGCCUCAGCCAAUACGCUCACAAUCUCUCUGCCCCUCUCCGAGCGCUGGGGCGACUGCACGCUCCCGACCUCUAUCAGUUUCGCUGUGGGCGGAUUCGAUGAGAGGACGAGUGGCGCGGAUAUGACGAAGGGGUUGGAGGGCGUUCCGGGGCUGAAUGUUACAGUCGAGACGGUUGGCCUUGGGGAGCAGGCGACUACGUAUGAUCAGGACGGAGACAACGACUUCUACUUCUUCGACGUCACAUAUCCCGUGUCGAGUGAAUGGCCCACCGUACCUUCCAUCACUAUCACGGUGCAGCCUGUGUAA